AUGGCGCGCCUACAGCGUGGUAAGAUUCGGCAUGAGAGGCAUGGCCGAAGCAUGCAGAUGAUUACGGCGGCUCUGCUGUGUACGGUGGCUGGAGAGGAGGAGCUUUUCCUCGUCCUGGCGGUAGUGGCAAUGCGGCAACUCCGAUGCGUUCCCAACUCAAACCACGCUCCCAACUCGAACCACGCCGCCGGGUGAACUGUGCUAACCCUGACUUCCAAGCACUUGACCGCUGGUGUGACUGAUGACUCGCUACCUCCCUCAAGGGGCGGCGAUGCAUACGAAGUCCGCCGUAGGAGAGGCGGCUACCGCGGUCACUGGUGGUGCGGGUGAUAAGCUGUCCCAACCACACCCACCACGCACGCCCCCAGCACGUUUUUUUGAACACAAACGUUCACCGGAAAUGACCCCAACGCGUGCCGGUUCCACACCAGUUGCCUCAGGGAUUGAUAGCUGUGCUCUCGGAGUACGUGUCGUGCGGUAAGGUGGAUGUGUGCGUGUGCGCACAUGAAGUUUGCUUCUUUCAAACGCGGAAAAAAAAACGCACCAAAUGGAAAAAAAAAACAGACGAGCUGUACUGCAGAAAUUCUAGGCCUGUGCUCCGUAGAUGAUUUUUUUUUUUCGGUGAUUUUUUCCGAUUGUCAAAAAAAAAUCGGUGAUUAUAUCUAGCUGCACGAAAAAGUUUUUCGGUGAAAAUCGGUGGCCAAAUAACAAAAAGGUGAGAGCCCAAAAAAAUUUUUCAGUGAUUUUCGGUGAUAAUUUGAAGUAACAUUGGGGUGAGCUGUCCAAAAACGUCCUUCGGCGAUUUUCAGCGAUGUUCCAAGGAUCGUAGUAACUCCAAGUCAAGUAUUGUACGAACUUUGGUGGCUUUUUUUUGUACGCAUGUAUUUCAUCGUCAACUCACCAACAUUAGAUGCCCUCAGAAAUGAUUCAACUGCUGACUACCUACCGACCUGGUACACAGGCACGCACUACGCACUACAGCCAGAGCCCGGCUCGCCCACAACGUAGGCAAAAAAACAAGAAGCUUCAUCACAGGUUACCGUCACCCUCUUCCGGAGCAUCCUCACUCCCUUGCCUCACCCCUCUGCUACUUCCCCUUCCCCUGUUGUACUUCAGUAAGGCGGAAGCGCAUAUGCGGUCGCUGUACACCGACUCUUGACAUUCACUAAAGCAACACCGCAAGAUGGAAAAAACGCGUUCCAUGAAUGCUGACGACGGCUGCAAAAGGACAACAUCCAACACCAACUCGUGCCACGUAGGGAGUUGUAUCUUGUUGUCGCUCCAGAAAGUCAUGUUGUCGUAGUCAGCGUCGGUGUCGGUGGCGGCGACGUAUAAGUCGUUCUUCUCCUUCAAAAGCCCGUCCAGCAUGUCAUCGCCGACAAAGGGGAAUACCUACAGGCUGCGGAUCUCGUCAUUGGAGUACUUGUGAGUCUUCAUCAAUCUUCAAGUCCACGAGCUUCGCGGCUUUGAAGAGCUUCAUCGUUACAGCCAGCUUCGCCUCAGAGUGGCUGCCGAUCCUCUCGUGUGCGUACGUGCGGAGGGCGUCGAGCAUGUCCUGUAUUUCGUUCUGAAUCAAGUCAGCGGUUGCUCCCUCGUACCAUGUCAUUGCCUUGGCCGAUCUCCUUGGCGACAAGUGCAGCGACGUUGGGCAGCAGCACGUCCUCCGUAAAGGUUCCAUCCUCGGACAGCUCGAGCUUGUUGCGGACUCGUUCAAUAACGUUGUACGUCUUCGGCAUAUCCCCCUCCAGAAUAAUUGUGGCGCUAGUGAUGAUGCUGCCGACGUCCACCGUCAAAGCCAGCUGUAACUGGAGCACCAAGCUCUGGGUCUUGCCAUCGUCCCUGAGUUUCGCCAGGCGUCCCUCAUGAACUUCACCGCCUUGCUUUUGAUGUCGUCCUGGCUCUCUUCUCGAGGAACUUCCCCACACCAGGCCAGUUCACGGCGACAACCUCGUCUCGCUCGAACCUGGAGCCCCAACGGUGUCCCGGCGUCUGGGGAGCACGUACCC